AUGCCCGGCCUGCUUGAUGGAGUGCACAACUCCAAAAAAAGGAAGAAGGAUGCUUCGGAACGCAAACCGCAAUCGUCCAAGCGGAGAGCUGUAGCGGACGACAAUGAGGAUAAAAACAGGAUACAGCAGUUGGAGGACCAGAUAGCAGAGUCCCGAAAGUACUAUAACAACAUUGUCACCUUGAUAUCCCUCUUUAUCACCGAAGACUCUACAAAGUCACCCAAUCUCACUGUUGCCCUUUCACUCUGCAGGGUCUUCUGCCGACUGUUGGCAGGAGGCCAGUUCAACAAACCCAAAGGCGCAAGUGAGCAGGACUUGAUACUGGUUGCAUGGCUGAAAGAAAGAUAUCAAGAGUAUCAACAGGGUUUGAUUAAUGUUCUCAAAAAGGCAGAGCCAACAGCUCAAAUUGCGGCCCUCUCCCUUUGCAUGCGCUUGAUCAAAGAACAGUCCAUCAAUGGAGGAGCUGGAGCUGAUGUGGGAGUGUGGAAGGGGGGCUACUUCAACGACCUGGUUAUAGCUCUCAUCGAGGCCCAAGAUGGAGAGCGUGUGCGGUCGGAAUUCAUCGAGAACUUUCUGACCAAGUACCAUGAUGUUGCUUUUUAUACCCUUCUUCGGCUCUCCAAUUUUGCAUCAACCAAUAAAUCUCCCGAGUCAAUAGAAGUUGUCAUAUCCCUCUUAUCCGCCCUAGGCCAACCGCCACCGCCAAACCACGAGUUCGAGAGUUUCUACACCGACCUAUCAAGUGUCGGUCAAAAACACAAAGCUACCCUUCUCUCUGUUUCUUCGUACAAGCAACGCGUCCAAGCUGCUUGGCUCAGCGUUCUACGGAGUAAUACUCUAAACGAACAGCAAAGAAAGACUCUCCUCCGCCUAAUGUCCCGCCUUAUAGCCCCAUGGUUCCUCAAACCGGAGAUGCUCAUGGACUUCCUAACGGAUUCUUACGACCAGGGAGGAUCAACAUCCCUCCUCGCCCUCUCAGGCCUCUUCUACCUAAUCCAAGAAAAGAAUCUCGACUACCCACAAUUCUACCAGAAACUCUAUUCUCUCCUAGAUGCCGACCUCCUCCAUUCAAAACACCGUUCUCGCUUCUUCCGCCUCCUCGACACCUUCCUGUCCUCCUCCCAUCUCCCCGCAACCCUUGUCGCAAGUUUCAUAAAGCGGCUAUCCCGGCUCGCGCUCAACGCGCCCCCGGCUGCCAUAGUCGUCAUCGUUCCCUGGAUCUACAACCUCCUGAAGUCCCACCCAACAUGUACCUUCAUGUUGCACCGCGUGAUCCGCGAUGAGGCCUCACAAUCCAAAUUGCAAUCGCACGGCAUGACCGACCCCUUCGAUCCUACGGAGCCAGACCCAACCCGCACCGGCGCUCUAGAAAGCAGUCUGUGGGAAAUCGAGACUCUGCAGUCACAUUACCAUCCCAAUGUGGCAUCGCUUUCGAAGAUCAUCUCAGAGCAGUUUACGAAGCAGGCGUAUAACUUGGAAGAUUUCUUGGAUCAUUCGUAUCAAGGGAUGGUUGGGAUGGAGCUAGGGAAGGAGGAAAAGGAGUUCCGAAAGGCUCCUGUGGUAGAGUUUCAGAUUCCGAAGAGAAUUUUUACGGAUAGGUUGCUGGAGGAGGAUGGGGGAGUGGACAAGGAAGUAGGGGCGUUGGUAAGAGGCUUGUGGGAUUUUACGUAA